UAAAGAGGUGUAUUAACUUUCACCGUAGUAAUUCAACUAACAAUAGAAUGCAAAAAAGGAAAUUAUUAUCGGACGUCUAUCAGAUGCAAAUCAUUACGGCACUUAUCUAGCCCCUAUUGAGGGAGCAGGAGAGGUGAUAGAGGCAUCUCGCUCGUCACACUAACCUGACAGAGCGUAAUAUCGGAUUUUUCUUGUCUAUCAGCUGAUAUAGUCUUUUGAGGCCGCGUUGGUUGAGACGCGAUGGUGAAGUGAAAAAUGCACGUUUUGCAUGGCGCGGUAUAGUGAAUUGUCGGUGUGAGUCAGAGAGGCGGACUGCGCAGCCGCGUCGGAACGUUUUUUCCGAACGAAUUUUUCUGAACCGUUGUUACAGCGUCCAAACGAAACGAAACGAAAUUCUUUUUUCGAAUAUUUUACAAGUUUUUAUACACGAUUUUUUCUGUGUGAUUUUUUUUUUUAAUUUGUGCUAGUGAAAUGGUGUCGUGAUAUCUUUCUUAUAAUGGAAAGAAGCGUUUUGGCAGAUACGAGGCACGUUCAAUGGGCGUCUGAACUGCACUCGGAAUACCGCAGCACUUACAGAUGGCACGAGUACAAGGAACAGCAGCAGCAGCAACAGGGGGUGGUCAAGCAACCAGCUCCCACCCCGCCUACAGUACUGCCCAUCACCCGGGGAGCAAUAGAGCCAGCACUGCCUCGCCGCAAGAAGUACCCUGGCGUCGCUUACAAGACGAAUGAACUCUUCGACCCCGCACCCGUCGAUGACAUCCGCCCCCAACAGGCUUCUGCCUUCGACCGCGCCCGGAGCGCUCAGAGAAAUGAUUCAGAGCGCGCCGGGAGACGCAGCAAGUCUGAAGGACCUCGUCAGCCUCGCUGGACAGACACCGUUGAACCUAAGGCCACCACAGCGCUGGGCGAGGUGCUGGCGGUGAAGGAGCCUGAAGCUGCCAGCACUGAGUACCGCAACCAGUACGCCUGGCCCAAGGAUACCGACGUACCAAGGAAGAGUAUUUCCAUGGGGGCGCUCAAGAAAGCUGCUGUAGCUGAAGGGUUAGUAGAGGCUGAACCGCUCAUGAACCACGUGGACGGUGACCACGACGACGGUCACAAACGGUACAUCGAAGACUAUCUGUGGAACGGUCAGAAACCGGGCGUCCAGAGAAAAUCGACGUUCCGUAGCGCGCUAUCGGCCCUCAUAUACAACGGGGAGGAUCGUUCCAAAGAUAAUAGGAAACGUUACAAAAGCGAGUACAAAAAGAAAUUUAGACCGUUCUCUCAAUACGUGUAUGAGGCGUCUAAAGGGAAAUUUACGAAAUGCAGGGGGAAAGGGAAGUCGAUUGAGGAGGCGAGCGAGAGGUUGGUGGGGGAGACGGAGGGGGCAGGGGCGGGUGUGACGCUAGCGGGGCCGGGGUCAGGAGCGAGGGUAGUGGGGGCGGGAUUGCGCGUGGGGGCCGGGGAGGACUCAGCCAGCACGCUGCGCGCGGCCGGCCUGCAGCCGCUCUGCCUCGCGCAGGGCGACUCGUGGUACCGCGAGGUGCUGGAUCUGCGCAAGCGCGCCGGCGAAUAUAAGUACCGCGGCUGGGGAACUGAGCUAGCUCCUGAACACAUCACUCAGCUUUACAAUAAGCAAAUCGAGCUCUGGUACCAAGUGUCCCGGCGGUCCUCGCUGUCAGCCCUUUCACUCGCUUCCACCAAUCACAAAGCUCUGCCACGUGAUGAAAAGGAUGGAAAGGAAUCUAGAAACCAAUCCCCGAAGAAGUAUAGAUCUUUCCGCUCGGCACCACACCAGUCCAUCCAUAUGAAGUUGCAAGAAACCAAGGCCUUGGAGCGUUCUCCUCAUAAGACCUCGCCCCAGAAGCAGAGGAAGAAGCUGCAGGGGUACAGCUUUGAUGAGGGAGCUGCCCACGAUGGGGCAAAGUCGGAGGGUUCGUUCCGCUCGCCGCGCCGCCGGCCGCGCUCCGCCGACCCGGCGCCCGUGCCCAGCGCGCGCCACAUGCCCAACGGCCACGAGCCGCACCCUCGCCCCGCCAAGCCCACGGGUUUGCCGUUAAGUAGGGGCAGUAGUGUUAGAGUUAGGUCGACGUCACGAGGUGGCCGGUCGCCUUCCGCACCGAGCAAAACAGGGGCAGGGAUGACGAAUGGGGCUGUUGAGACAUAUGGAACGAUUGGGGUCCUUGGAGCCUUGGUGACACCAGGCAGGGGCAGGCGCAGCCGCAGCGUUACAAAAGUGGGCAUAAAAUUGGACGACGACAUCCCCGCUCACCGCAGCGCGUCGGUCGCCAAGGACCACUUCUUCGACGACUCGCCCGUCGUGAAGUCGCCGCCGGAGCCGACUCGGGUGAAGUCGCCCGAGCAAAUGAACAUGCGCUCGCCGGAUCCGGUCAACUGGACCGUGCCGCUCGACACCGGCAAGACUUUCACGGUCACUCAGAACGUGAAAAGCGAAAUCGCUCCAAUUCAUCACCAGCAAAUGUCACCAAUACGUUCGCUUAAAAAGAGCGAAUCGCCGACAAGCCUGAGCAAGCGCACCGACAAGACCCCCACCACGCCCGUCAGCUUAACUCCCAUCGACGAAACCAGGGCCCUGGACAUGAACAAAGUGAAUGGAAUUAACGGCCUCAAUAGCAAUCAGCUAACUCCGGAAACGCCUACCCAGGAUGCGAUUAAAGAUAUCAAGGAGAAAGAGGUGAUUAAAAAGUCGACUGAAGCGACUCAAGUGGCCCCCGGAGUGGUUGACACGACUGUAGUCAAUGAGGCCGCUAACACUGGCGGCCUGACCGCGGCCGAGGUGCUCGAUAGAGCCCGCACGAGGUUCGACAAAUUCUGGGGCAAGAAGGAAGACGACGUUUAGUCAAUUCAAAUAUAAAUUUGUUUGUAAAUUGUGACAGUUGCAAGUUCCUAAAAUAUUAAAUGAUAGUAAAAGAAGCUCCAAUACUAACAGUAUUCACUCCUGUACGCGUAUAUUCUGUCACAAUUUACGGCAAAUUAAAAAAAAACGUAGGAUGAUGCCGCGUUAUUUAAAAUAGCUUCGCUUCAAACGACGAAUGUAAACGGAAUAUUUAUUUAUUAAUGAAUAAUUACAAUCAGUCUAAAGGUGUGAUGGCUUGUGAUAGUAGUGAUGUUCGACAACUUAAAUAAAGAUGUGAUUCGAUUGGUUACUAAUACAGUGUAAAGAUACAAUCUCGUACCGGUUCCUUUUAAAAGUUACGGUAAUUAUAAACUAAAAUAAUUAUUAAAAUCAAUUAAUGUUUACCCAUUACGUGUAAGGACGUAGCUCCAUUUUUUUCGAUAUAAUCGUAUUCACGUUAGCUAAAAUAUGUUGCGACGUGUCUAAUGGCCGCUGCGUAUGCAAAAACAGGAUGCACGUGUAACCGGGCCAUUAUGAUGCUAUCGACAAAUAAUUGUUUUUGAGUAUUCUGUGGCGUAUCCCUAUCAAUUUUCGCUUCGUAUACCGUCUGUCUCUCCGUCCAUCAUAAAAAAACUUAACCACGUGAACUUCAAAUACCGGUCUUGCAAUAAAGUAACAAACGGAAUAUUUAAAAAUUCAACUAAAUUGAUGUUAUCUCUAUUUAAAAAUUCAACAAUAAUUUAAUAUUUCGAGCAUUAAGCAGAUUAAUUCAAUAUUAUAUUUUAUCUGCUUUUAAUUUUAAGUUCUUUAUUUUGAACUAGACGGUUACACUAAAGAUAAAAAAGGCAAAGUAUACUUGCGUAAAUGUAGUCAGCCGUCCAAAGUAGUAUUUUUUGCAAAUCUUACACAUUUUAUUGAUGACUAAUUAUUUUUAAAUGUAUCACUUCUUAAAAGUGUAGACUAUACAAAAGUAAUAUUUUUUGAAAUGUGCAGCUUUAUCUGUAUGAUAUAAAAAAAAUAGAUUUUUGGCGGGAAUCCUAAAUAAAGUUUUACUCAUCGAUUUUAAGAUACCUAGAAAAUGGAAUUAUCCCGUCAAUGCUGUCGUCUAUGUUUAUCGACAACAGAUUUUAAGAUUUCUUUAUUCAGUAAUUACUGUCAGAAAACAAAUUUGGUGGACAAGAUAUUGGCUUGUUUGAAACUUACGAUUGAGCAGUCAGACUAUAUGACGACAAUCUGCUACAAGUGCGCUGAAAAUGUCGAAAGAUACUAUGACUUCUUUUUAAACGUGAAAAAAUCCCAAACAAAGCUUGCCGAUUUAGAGAGAUGUGAUCGUCGGAUUAAAGGCGUUGAACCCCGAAACGUAAACAGACGUCGCGUGACGUCAUACGUCCGAGAGCAAGUAAUUGACGCGGAUUACACAUUCUCAUUUCUCGAUUUAGACAAAUCUAAUAACGAAGAUAAACAUGAGCCUCGAUCAUCGAGCCCAUUCUUUUCUUACUUCUCACCACCAAAUGUGCUCAUGAAACAAACUAAUGAACCGUGCUUGUGGAAGACGCCACGGACGCGCGUCGACAAUGUCCAUAAAACUGAGAUUAAGCGUGAGGAACCACACAAAAGAUGUAAGUUGGAGAAAACGAAACAUCACUCGAGGGAUUUGUUCGAUUCGCAAUCGCAAGAUAUCGAAGAGACCGAAUUGAGAAGCCUCGAUUGGAAACUGACCCCCGAUGAAACGCUGAUCAGACGGGUGAGAGAAAAAUGCUUUGGUCGAUCGGAUUUUUAAUUUAAACAAAUAAAUAAUAUGUUUUAACAUCUAUCUGUUACGUGAUAUCAAAUAAUUUAUUGAGAGUAUAAUUCAGUUGAAUUUUAACAAUUUCUAUGGAGUUCCGUAGAACAGGGUAUCGUUAGAGUUGAUUUAGAGUGAUUUCAAUGUUGUAGUUAUUAAUAAAUUCUUGAUAUGAUUAAUUGAUGAGUCGUCUGUAUUGUUAAUUUGAAGAAUCUGAAACUGCGUGCCGUAUGUUAUAAGACUAGGUACAUACCGUGUAUUUAAUCGAUACAUUCCUCAUGAUUUUAAGAUUCAAUUGUUAUUUUAUGUAAUGUUUGUAUUCUACGAUGUAACCGCACGUGAAACAAUGAUUGGUAUUUUUAAGCAAAACAUGUAUUUAUUGCGUAUGUUAUUGGUUAAAACUUAAUUUUUAAUCCUAAUACAGCAUUCGCAUACUUAAUAAUUAAAUUGUAACUAAUAAUUAAAAAUGUAUUUAAUGAUACUUGCUUUUAAUUUAUUGUAUACUUAAUUUAAACUAAGAUGACAAUGCAUUUGUUCUAAGAUUCAAUUGUUAAUGGACAUACAUGUAACCGAUUUUGUUUUCAACUGUCAUUUCGUAUUAAUACCUAAUACUCGAUGUUUUUUUCCGCGCACAAAAAUACUGUUCAUAUAAUUUUGUGACCCCGAGCGUUAGAAAAAACCCAUAGCAGAUAAUAAGUUAGCUUUGCUACGGACUUAUAGCGUGAUUUUGUUCUCGACUUGUUAAAUCGAAAUCGACACCUAAAUAAAAUAUUAAAAAAGUUAA